CACAAGGCAGAAACGAUUUCUAUACAAUGACAUCGAUGACAUCGUGGCCACGGGUCCGAUGACACAAGCAGGAUCUUCCAUAGGGCUGGUGUGUCGAUGGCAGCGAUUCUACGUCGUCGACCCAUAGCAGUUCUACCUGUCCUGGAGCGAGGAGCGGAUGACCGAUCUUGAAGGAAUAAGUGUUCCCCAAAGCUCGGCGGUGCUCCACCUCGCCAUUGACCGCGACCCGCUCAGCCCACGUCAACGCAGGAGAGGGCUAAGGCGUCUUAUGAGGAACACCACGGCGUCCUCGGCAACGAUGAAUGCACGAAAUAGGAAUAUAUGUGUUCUUCCAAAGGAUCUGAGCGUGGCGAUAUCGAGCAUGUCGAUAACGCCUGCAGCGAAAGAGUUUGAAUCGACCAAGGCGCUAAAAUAAGAGGCCUUCGCUACGGCCUAUAGUAGAACAACCUCAUGGAGCCGGUACGACCAUCUGAGGCCGUAGCAUGUAAGGGUGCAGAUGGACGCGGUAAUAUACUGUUCCAAGAGACGUCAGUACUAAAGAGCUUGAUACUCAAGAACUGCAAUAAA